UGCGCAUGUGCAGAAUUCCUGGCUCAAGAAAAGCAGUGGCGGCGAAGAAGGCCUCAAGAUGUCGUACCGAGAUCUUCGAAACUUUACAGAGAUGAUGCGGGCCUUAGGGUACCCCAGGCUCAUCUCUAUGGAGAACUUCCGCACUCCCAACUUUCCACUGGUGGCAGAGGUGUUGAUUUGGCUUGUCAAAAGGUAUGAGCCCAAUGCUGACCUUCCCAUGGAUGUGGACACAGAACAGGACAGAGUCAUCUUUAUCAAGUCUGUUGCACAGUUUAUGGCUACCAAGGCACACAUUAAGCUGAACACUAAGAAGCUGUACCAGGCUGACGGCUAUGCUGUGAAGGAACUGCUGAAGGUGACCGCAAUGCUGUACAAUGCCAUGAAGACCAACACUGGACAGCAGGAGGAGGAGCAGGAGGAGGAGACUACAGCAAUGUCCUUUGACAUCAGCUCAAGGAUAGCAGAUCUGAAGGCCUCUCGACAGCUGGCAUCAGAAAUCACAACAAAAGGAGCAUCGCUGUAUGAUCUCCUGGGGAGAGAAGUGGAGCUCAGGGAGCAAAGAUCAGUGGCCAUCAACAAACCUCUGGAGAUCAAUGAGAUUGAGAAGCACCUGAAGGUGAGCAUCCGCGCCGUGGAACAGGAGAUCAAGAAGACGGAACACAUGCUGAACAACGUGGCGUCAGACGAGGCAAACCUCGACGCCAAGAUCUCCAAGAAGAAACUUGAACUGGAGAGGAACAGGAAAAGACUACAGACCUUACAGUCUGUCAGGCCAGCGUUUAUGGAUGAGUAUGAAAGACUGGAAGAAGACUUACAGAAACAAUAUGAGUCGUACCUGCAGAAGUUCCGGAACCUUGGUUACCUGGAGCAGCAGCUGGAGGAACACAACCGUGCGGAGCAGGACAAGUUUGAGGAGACAGAAAACUCCCUGAAGAGGAUGCAGACCCUGCUGAAGACAGAGACAGACAAGAUCAACCUGAACGAUGAUGAGUUUGAGGAUGUGAUGGUGGAUGAGGAGGAGGAUGAUGAUGAGGAUGACAGUGAGGAUGAUGAGAUCAUGACAGCAGGGCAGAUGAAGAGAGGACAGAAGGCUGAUCCACAACAACAACUCCAACAGCAGCAGCGAGUGUUUGGCAGCAUGACAGGACCAGACAGUGAUGAUGAUGACAGCGAGACGCUGUCCUCAGGUGACAGCGAGAUCGACGUUGAUGAUGAUGAUGAUGAUCAGAGCGGAGACAGCGAGGAGUUAGAGAUCUCAGCCAAUCCCAGGCGAAAUCGCAACAACCUGAACGGCAGCGACGAUGACUUCUAAUCCUGUUAAUGUACUAUAGUCUUGUUCAUAGGACUAUUAUCUUUCCUGUCCAUUCCCCAAGUCAUGCUGAUGUCUCAGUAAGACCCACAUACCAUUGAAGUUAUCUGUUAUAAAUGACAAAUAGAGGCUAUGUUGUUUUAUACACUAAUCGUUGUCUUUGUGUGCACCCUGCUGAUUCAAGCAUCCUUUUCUGUGCUUCAGACAAAUUGUUUAUUUCAGAAAUACAAAUUCAACUUCACCAAACAUUAUGUACAAGUCAUGUACAAAAAUGUAUAAACAUUCAAGGUCAACUUAUGUUACGGUAGAUUUACAGAUGGAUGUUAAAAAUGCCUCAAAGCUGCAACUAUACCUUACUUUUUUGUUAUGUUUUAGACUUAGCUUGUGUGUACAGAGUUAUUGAAUAUAAUGAACUCAGUCAGCCUUCUACAUAUUCACUGUAUAGAUAGGGUGUAAAAAUUAAAACCUUCAAAGUUGCAUAGACCAUCUAAACUCCAACAAUUCCUAGAAUAUGUGAAUAUUUGGAAGAGCAAAUUUGGCAUGAAUUAUUUGUAAAUAAAGGCACAGUAGAAGCUUU